AUGCUGAUUCCUAAGCAACCAACAGAAAGAAAAGCUGAGACAAUACCUGGACUCCUUGGGAUCAGUUCCUGUUCGACUAUCCCAAAACCGCGCGUGCCAAUGGCGAAUGACGAGUCGCCAGCGAAGCGCCAUUUCCGCCUGAAGGUGGUCAACUGGGAAGAUAUUGACACGUCAGCGUCCACGCGUCCUGAUGACGUGGCACGCGGAAGCACCGUCAGCGCCAACAGAGCCGCAGCGCGACCGUUAUCCGAGCUGGCAGGGCGGCAAUGCGGAGUGAAUCCUUCGGAUUGGGGGGCUAUCAGGGACACGUGGCAGCAGGCGGAAGCGGAAGGGUCGGGGGGAAAUCUGAACGCGCGGGGAAGGCGCGCGAGGGGGAGAGGCGCAGCUGGGGGAGGGAUCAUGGGCGGAGGGGCGGUGGGGGGAUGGAUCCGAGGGUUGCUGGGGAUGGGGGAGAGUCAAAGGGGAAAGGACGGGGAAAAAGACGCAGAAGGAUCUCGAGGAGGCGAGAGGGAGGGGAAGCAGGGAGAGAGGGGAGGAGAACUGGGGAAGAAGGGACAGGAGGAGGGGGAGGAGGGGGGGGAAUAUGAGCGCGUAUACCUGGUGCAGAAGUUUCCCCCCAUCAGUUUCUCCCCAUCAGUUUCCCCCCAUCAGUUUCCCCCAUCAGUUUCUCCCCAUCAGUUUCUCCCCGUCAGUUUCUCCCCAUCAGUUUCCCCCCAUCAGUUUCCCCCAUCAGUUUCCCCCCAUCAGUUUCCCCCCAUCAGUUUCCCUCUAUCAGUUUCCCCCCAUCAGUUUCCCCCCAUCAGUUUCCCCCCAUCAGUUUCCCUCCAUCAGUUUCUCCCCAUCAGUUUCCCCCCAUCAGUUUCCCCCCAUCAGUUUCCCCCCAUCAGUUUCCCCCCAUCAGUUUCCCCCCAUCAGUUUCCCCCCAUCAGUUUCCCCCCAUCAGUUUCUCCCCAUCAGUUUCCCCCCUAUCAGUUUCCCCCCAUCAGUUUCUCCCCAUCAGUUUCCCCCCUAUCAGUUUCCCCCCAUCAGUUUCCCCCCAUCAGUUUCUCCCCAUCAGUUUCCCCCCUAUCAGUUUCCCCCCAUCAGUUUCUCCCCAUCAGUUUCCCCCCAUCAGUUUCCCUCCAUCAGUUUCUCCCCAUCAGUUUCCCCCCAUCAGUUUCCCCCCAUCAGUUUCCCCCCAUCAGUUUCCCCCCAUCAGUUUCCCCCCAUCAGUUUCCCCCCAUCAGUUUCCCCCCAUCAGUUUCUCCCCAUCAGUUUCCCCCCUAUCAGUUUCCCCCCAUCAGUUUCUCCCCAUCAGUUUCCCCCCUAUCAGUUUCCCCCCAUCAGUUUCCCCCCAUCAGUUUCCCCCCAUCAGUUUCCCCCCAUCAGUUUCCCCCCAUCAGUUUCUCCCCAUCAGUUUCCCCCCUAUCAGUUUCCCCCCAUCAGUUUCCCCCCAUCAGUUUCCCCCAUCAGUUUCCCCCUAUCAGUUUCCCCCCAUCAGUUUCUCCCCAUCAGUUUCCCCCCUAUCAGUUUCCCCCCAUCAGUUUCCCCCCAUCAGUUUCCCCCCAUCAGUUUCCCCCCAUCAGUUUCCCCCCAUCAGUUUCCCCCCAUCAGUUUCCCCCCAUCAGUUUCCCCCCAUCAGUUUCUCCCCAUCAGUUUCCCCCCUAUCAGUUUCCCCCCAUCAGUUUCCCCCCAUCAGUUUCCCCCCAUCAGUUUCCCCCCAUCAGUUUCCCCCAUCAGUUUCUCCCCAUCAGUUUCCCUCUAUCAGUUUUCCUCUAUCUGUUUCCCUCUAUCAGUUUCUCCCUAUCAGUUUCUCCCCAUCAGUUUCCCUCCAUCAGUUUCUCUCUAUCCGUUUCUCUGUAUGCUCUGCUGUGUGCUCUGCAGAUUCAUUAUGACUUUGACGUCUUUCUCCCGCCCCCAAGAUUCGCACUGCAUGCUCCUGUACCCCUCUUUACAAUCACACCAGAUGUGACUGUGGAGGUUCGGGUUCUACUAGGGGGCGCUGCUGGUAUGGAGAAGGGGGGGAGUGAGGGUAAUGGGGAAGAGGAGGAGAAGGAGGAGGAGGAGGAGGAGGAGGAGGAGGAGGAGGAGGAGGAGGAGGAGGAGGAGGAGGAGGAGGAGGAGGAGGAGGAGGAGGAGGAGGAGGAGGAGGAGGAGGAGGAGGAGGAGGAGGAGGAGGAGGAGGAGGAGGAGGAGGAGGAGGAGAAAAGGAGGGAACAGAAGGGCGAGUGCAUAUCUUUAGAUGCUAUGGAUUUAUGCCAUCGGAUUCAUCAGUUAUUCCACCAUCAAGUGCUCACAGUCUCUCACACGCUGGUGGUGUCUGCUGGAGGGAAGGAGGUGGCAGUGCGAGUGGCAGAGGCAAACAAUCUAAGUGAGGAGGAUCGAGAGGAAGCAGUGCUAUAUCACUGUUACCGGGGCAUGCUCACAAACAACACGCAGAUACACCUUGUCCCCGAUACAGGCAUACGGUUACUCAACUGGGCCCCUAAGAAGGCUGCCGACAACACAGGCCCGAGCAGGGUUGUCAAUCUCCUAUCAUCAGACGAUGAGCUUUUUCCAGUCAAAAAGGCCCUUCUGCGACCAUGCCUCACACUCACCAAGGCAGUGCAGGACACCAGCUCAGAGCCCCCAACGGUGCAAGUGCCCAUUGACUGUCUGCUGCUCGACCGAGUGCUACUGUUUCUAGAGGCGGAUUUCAAGGGGGAAGGGGAGAGUUUUCAGUUUGACAUCAACCUCACGGGGGACCUCAGGGAAGCGGCAGCUUCGCUGGGGCUGAAGAGCCUUGCAGACCUCUGUGACCAGCGGCAAGGGCUCUUUGAAUCGCGCAUCCGUGAGUAUACCUUCGCUGAGGUGGCAGAACGUAAUGCGGCCGGCAACUGUUGGCUGCUUCUGGAUGGCAUGGUGCUGGAUGUAACCAGAUGGUUACCGGAACACCCAGGAGGCGAUACAAUCAUUCCAACUCAGGGGCUCAACCGGGACUGUACAGUUUUCUUCGAGUUGUACCAUUCAUCACGCGAGUCGUUUCUUUACCUAAGGCAUUUCUACAUGGGCGAGUUGAAAGAGGAGGAUCGGGUGAAGUUGGCAGAGCAAGAAGAGCAACAACCAUCCGCUGAAUUCUCGCAGCAACUAUGGGAGUACACUCACUCAUUUCGCCUUUAUGGAACCACAAAUCUGGUGCUAAUAACGAUGGCCGUCACAUCCGUCCACCGUAUUUUGUCGCGCAACCGAGCGACGGGAAGCGCGCUCGGCGCGCUCUUCCGAUCCGUCGAAACCGGAUCGCAAGCUGGCGCAGCCGCGCCGGCCACGUCACCAAAUGGCGCUGCCGCGCUGGCCAGCCGCCACGUCAGCACGUGCGACCUUGCGGGGUUUGCGGGAGGUCGUGACGUGGAUGCGGUGCUUAGCGGCGCGGUGUCUCCUUUCAGAAGCUCCGUGACUUGCGCCGCUGCGUCGUCGACGUCGUUUCGCGGCAUUGUUCUGUCUGUUCCGGCGGGAGACGCGGCGGCGAUCGCGGCGCAGUGCAGGCGUGGAUACGCAACCUUCUCCCGAUCCAAGCCGCAUCUGAACAUCGGAACCAUCGGCCACGUGGAUCACGGCAAGACCACCCUCACCGCCGCAAUUACAAAGGUACUGGCGGACGAGGGCAAGGCGAAGGCGAUCGCGUUUGAUGAGAUUGACAAGGCGCCCGAGGAGAAGGCCCGUGGUAUUACCAUCGCCACUGCCCACGUGGAGUAUGAGACAGAGAAGCGCCACUAUGCACACGUGGACUGCCCAGGCCACGCGGACUACGUGAAGAACAUGAUUACAGGCGCUGCUCAGAUGGACGGCGGCAUCCUCGUGGUGUCGGCUCCUGAUGGCCCCAUGCCCCAGACGCGCGAACACAUUCUCCUGGCCAGGCAGGUGGGCGUGCCAUCGCUCGUGUGUUUCCUGAACAAGGUGGACAUGGUGGAUGAUGAGGAGCUGCUGGAGCUGGUGGAGAUGGAACUCCGGGAGCUGCUCUCCUUCUACAAGUUCCCAGGGGACGAUAUCCCCAUCGUGCGAGGGUCGGCAUUAGCAGCCCUGCAGGGCACCAACGAGGAGAUCGGCAAGAAGGCCAUUCUCAAGCUCAUGGCGGCAGUGGAUGAAUAUAUUCCGGAGCCUCAGCGAUCCCUUGACAAGCCAUUUCUCAUGCCCAUUGAGGACGUGUUCUCCAUUCAGGGUCGAGGCACAGUGGUGACGGGGCGUGUGGAGCAGGGGAUCAUCAAAGUGGGCGAUGAAAUCGAGAUCGUGGGCAUGAAGGCGGGCAAUCCCACCAAGACAACAGUGACUGGCGUGGAGAUGUUCAAGAAGAUCCUCGACCAGGGGCAGGUGGGUGUUGGGUGGUGA